UUCGGACCUGUCUGUUUGAUCCAGAGCUAGUAACGGAGUUAGGAGGGGGAGAGGAUGGAGGCGGGACUUCCGCUGCAGAGUAUUGAGAUUGGCUGGAAGUUCAGAUUUUUGGAAGAACGUUUACAAGAGGGAAAUUUUCAAAUCGAAAAGAGGCGCUCGUGAGAACAGCGGAGAGGGUGUUCACAAAACAAACAAUGCAAAGACCGGGCAAAGGGAAGACUCCUCGGAGGCCUGGGCCAAAGAAGGCGUCCAACACAGAGAGAGAUCCUGUGGGAGUGUACUGCCGUAUACGGCCCCUUGGAUCAGAGGAUGAAGAAUGCUGUGUUGAGAUGAUCAGCAGCACCACCAUUCAGCUGCAUGCUCCUGAUGGCCUUAAAGCUAACCGAAAUGGGGAAUACAAGGAGACACAGUACUCCUUUAAGAAAGUAUUCGGUAUUAACACCACUCAGUUGGAGUUGUUUGAGGAUGUUGCCAAGCCGCUGGUAGAGGAUCUAAUUCACUGUAAAAAUGGUCUGUUGUUUACGUAUGGUGUUACUGGAAGUGGUAAGACCUUCACUAUGACUGGCUCACCUGGGGAAGGUGGUCUUCUCCCCCGUUCUCUAGACAUGAUCUUCAACAGCAUCGGACCCUUUCAGGCUAAAAGAUUUGUGUUCAAACCAGAUGAUAAAAAUGGCAUGGAGAUCCAGAGUCAAGUUGAUGCUCUCCUCGAGAGGCAGAAGCGAGACAGUCAGCAGGCAGUGCCCAAAACGCCAUCUUCUAGGCAGAAGCCUGACCCGGAAUUUGCAGAUAUGAUCAGUCCAGAUGAGGCCUGUAAAUCAGAGAAUGUGGAUGAAGACGGUUGUUACAGUGUGUUUGUUUCCUACACUGAGAUCUACAACAACUACAUCUACGAUCUCCUUGAAGAUGCUCCGUAUGACCCGAUCAGACCAAAACCACCUCAAUCUAAAAUUCUACGAGAAGAUCAGAAUCAUAACAUGUAUGUGGCUGGCUGCACAGAGGUGGAGGUAAAAUCAACAGAGGAAGCUUUUGAAGUCUUCUGGAAGGGUGAUGUGCUUCUUCCUACAGCUAAUACAGUGAAAUCCAUGCUGCAGCAGUUUGACAGCCAGCUCAGUGCAAAGGAUUACUUCCUUCACGAUCAACAGAGCAAACUGAAUGAAAAAGACAAAGUCAUUCUCAGUCAGAAGACGGAGAUAGAACGACUGGAGAAAAAGUCCAAAACGUUGGAGUAUAAGAUCGAUAUCCUGCAGAAGACGACGGACAUGUACGAGCAGGACAAACGUGCACUUCAGCAGGAGCUGGAGACCCGGGAGCACAGGCUACAGAGCGAGCUGUCAGAGAGGAAGCGCAUGGAGCAGCGCAUGCAGGGCGCAGUGACGGACACCAGACUAAAGUGGGAGAAGGAGUGUGAGAGACGGGUGAACGCAAAGCAGCUGGAGAUGCAGAACAAGCUGUGGGUAAAGGAUGAGAAGCUGAAGCAGCUGAAGGCCAUAGUGACGGAGAGCAGCAGCGGUGGCAGCGCUCCCACUGAGCGUCCAGAGAAGCCCGAGAGGCCCUCAAGGGAGAGAGAUCGAAACAUCCAACAGAAGAGGUCUCCCUCUCCAUCACCACUUCCUGAUUUCAGCCAAACUCCUUCCCACCAAAAUAAAGCCAGAGUUAGGGUGUUUCAGGACCCCACCUCCACACCAUCCUCCUCUGACUAUUCUUCAGUAGCCUCCAGCAUCUCUAGGUGGGAGCAGAGGUUCCCUGUAGAUUCAGGCAGCCAGAAUAGGUUCACCGGGACUCCCCAAUGCAGGAGCCGGACUCCGGCCACAUGCCACAGCACCAGCAGUGUUGGUCACAGGAGAGGCCAACGCAGGGCCCCAGGCACUGAGGUCCCUGCCACCACUCUUGUCUAUGGACUAGACCUAGAGGCAGGCACAAGGAAGGCUCUUCCAGUUCAUCCAAAACACAGGCGUUCACACUCUGCCGGUGGGGAGAAAUGGGUAGACCACAAACCACCUUCUAAUUUGGAGUUAGACACUGUCAUGCAGCCAAUCAUACCCAAUGCAAUCAAGGUGUCCACCCCAAGCGAGAAGGCUCUGUCUAAAUGCCACAAGUAUGUGCUUAGACAUCAAGAGCUUGCCUCUGACGGGGAGAUCGAAACCAAACUGAUUAAGGGUGAUGUGUUUAAGACCAGAAGUGGCGGACAAGCUGUGCAAUUUACAGACAUUGAGACGCUCAAACAAGUGUGCCCGUUAGCACCAAGUCGCAAAAGGCGAUCAGGAUCUGCAGAAGGACCAGCUGAAGGGGAGGACAUAGAAAACAGGGCUCCAGCGGCUAGCACAAAUUCAUCCCAUGGGUAUCAAAAACGCAGAAAGCCUUAAAUUGCCCUCAAAAUUUUCAUCUUGCUUUUAACAUACAAGAAUGGGUAAUUGUGAGGAAAUUGAAGGGAAACUAUGCAUCUUUUGGAUACCAAGUUGGGUCUUUUGUUUGUUUUGUUUUUUUUGUUUUUUAAUUCUAUCAAAUCAUAUUAGGAAUUAUUCUGGUGGAAUUAUCAUUUUUUCAGAACAAGAGCAAUAUUUAAGUUGUAAUUGCUGUAUUUGUGUUACUUUUUGAAUUCUGGAAAUAUUUCUCCUUAAAAACAUGAACAAACUUAUAAACACUCUACAAAUGGAACCUUUUAUGCUUUUGAAUGCUUUGUACUAUCCAAAGACGACCACAUGUCUCUAUAGACCUGUUGUGCUUUUUUUUUUUGCUUUUUUUUUUUUCUUCUCCUAUGUCAUUGUUUUUCUUUUCAAAGGUCAUUGAUUGAUCAAAUGCCAGACUAAGCAUAAUGCUGAUUAUUAAAAAAACAAAUUUUAGAAUAUACUGUGUAGAAUUGAAACUGUAAAUAUUACACUAUUAUGUAGGUUUUGAACUCGAUCCCUGGCCUCCAUGUAAAUAGGUGUCAUGCAACUUUUUACUUUGGCUUAUUGAAACAUCUCCUAAGACAUGUAGCACACUGCUCUUUCUGGUGCCAUUAAAUUUAUUCAA